CCAGCAUGCUCGGAUGUGCCCUGUGUAAGCUGUCCGGAGCGCUGAGUGUGAGUGAAUGGAGCGCAGCGGUAGCGGCAGCGCAGACCCAGCAGAGCCCGCAGCAGCAGACCUCUCACCCCCGCGGCACGCCGCAGCACAACCGCGCUGACCGGCUCUCUCCCCGCCCCGCAGCCCCUGCGCCUCUCAGCUCGGGUACCGGGUCCGACCGCUCCACACGGAGUGCAGGUUAGCUAAGCUAUAUCUGUGCAGCAUCUCGGCUCCAGCUGGCUCUGAUGACCGAGCAGGAGGAAGUGUGAGUGGCUGGUUCACCCCGGAGCAGGCCGAGAGAGACAGCCGCCUGGGUGGGUGCACAGCCCCGCGACCCCGGCCAGAGCCUCCCCUCGCCUCCUGUACGGAGCCUGGCUUUAGCCGCUGAUGUGGGGACUGGCUGUCAGGCAGAGCAUGUGCGUGUGAGGGAGAGUGAGAGAGCUGUGAAAGCUGAGAGUGAGAGAGAGUGUGUGUGUGUGUGUGUGUGUGUGUGUGUGUGUGUGUGUGAGAGUGUGAAAGCUACGUAGAGCAAACCCCCAUCUCCUCCUGUACGUACGUGUGUGUGUGUGUGAGAGUGGAAAUGAGACGGGUCACGGCUCAAUGGGCCGUCCGGAUGGUAGCGGCCGUGCUGGCGCUGCUAGCCGGACUAUGUCGCUCUGAGGCCGGGGAAGGCAGCCUGGCCGAGCGGGUUAUCUGGGCGGUGAAUGCUGGAGGGGAGGCUCACACGGACACACACGGCAUUCAAUUCAGGAAAGACCCGCUGGAGGGGAAGGUGGGCAAAGCUUCAGACUACGGCAUGCGACUGCCGAUCCUGCGCUCCAGUCCCGAGGAUCAGGUCCUGUACCAGACGGAACGCUACAACGAAGACACGUUUGGGUAUGACGUGCCGAUCCGAGACGAGGGAGACUACAUUCUGGUGCUGAAGUUCGCUGAGGUUUACUUCGCCCAGUCCCAGCAGAAGGUGUUUGAUGUUCGUUUGAAUGGUCACGUUGUAGUAAAGGAUUUGGAUAUUUUCGACCGUGUUGGUCACAGUACAGCUCAUGAUGAGAUUGUGCCGUUCUCCAUAAAGAGGGGGAAGCUGAGUGUUCAAGGAGAAGUGUCCACUUUCAAUGGAAAACUUGUCAUUGAGUUUAUUAAGGGUUACUAUGACAACCCCAAGGUGUGUGCACUGUACGUAAUGAAAGGCAAACCAGAGGAUGUGCCGAAGCUGCAGCCACACCCCGGGCUUGAGAAGAGAGAAGAGGACGAGGAAGAGGAGGAGGUGGAGGUUGGAGAUGAUGGAGUGAAGAAGAGCACCUCGUCCAGUCCGAAGAACCCUGUCCGCUCUGGUCCACGAACACCGAAUCCAUAUGCCGCCGACAACAGCAGCCUGAUGUUCCCCAUCCUGGUGGCGUUUGGGGUUUUCAUCCCGACACUGUUCUGCCUUUGCCGUCUGUGAGGAUCGAGCGAGGGGGGACGGACAGCGGGCUGCGGAGGGGUGGGGAGGGCAGAGCAACACGGAGGGACAUGGACACAAAAAACAAUACAGACAGAGACGGAGAGAGACACACAUGGAGAAAUAAUAGAGUGUGGUGGUCAGGAUUUGCAUAUUCCUCUCGUUUGCCAAUGGGUUAAACAGCAGGGGUAAAAGGAAUAGUUCAUUCUAGCAUGAUAACAGUGCUAAUGCUACAUUGCAAGGUCCCGGCAAAGGGUGCAAUAACAAUGUAACAUAAUCACCAAUUAUUUCAGGAAAUAACAAGAAGAAUCGGGGGAUUUUAUUGGCAAUGUCAGCGGUGUUCUCCUUGUGCUAGUGGUAGCUCUUUGACCGCACACGUGACAGGUAACUGUGUCACACUAACAGUGAACGGUUUAGCAGUUAGCAUUUUGCUGUCUGCUGGAUACUGGCUUCCACUAGUCAUGUAUAGGGCACAUUAGCGGUUAGUGUGCUUGGUUGAACUAUUCCUUUAAGUGAGCUGGUUUAUUUAUUUGGGUGUUUGUGUUUGCGCAUUGUUUUAAUACAUGUUUGAGCCUCUUUUUUUUUUUCUUUUUUUUUGGCAACACAUGCAUAUACUUACACACACAUUUGCACGCAUGCGUGCACAACCAAGACAGGACUGACCACUUUGCAAAACAGGUUUGUCUAGUCUGACAGGAAAUUACAGGGCACAACUUAAGAGUGCUGCCUGUGAUUGGCUGCCCUGAUCUUAUUGUUGUUUUAAUGACAAGUAAACUGCAACAAUUAAUGACAUCUGUUCACUGGUAUCAGCAGAGUUGAAUGGGUUAGGAAGGGAAAUGUGAUUGAAGUGUUUAUCAUAUUUCUUUCUUUUUUCCAUUUGCUGAUGUGUCACUCUUCCUUAUUUAAGUCCAUACAGUUAGCUCAGUUAGCUCAAUUAGCUUGCUUCCAUUAUUGUUAGUAUAACCCUGUUGUAACCAAUUGAAAGUAUUUUUGGAGACUUAUCCUGAUUAUUCAGAUUUUUCAGUGGCUUUUUAUCAGAUGCACUGAUAGAGGUUUAUCUUAUUUCAGUCAGAAUAUGGUAAUUAGGAAUCUGUACAAAGUCCAUUCUAGACAGGACUGUUUCUGCAGUUUAAGAUCACAAGUAUUUUAGCAUUUAGCACAAACAGUUGUGCCCUAUUAAAAAAAAAAAAACAUUUAGCCUUUGGGUCCAUCAGUUCAGCGAGAAUUAUCAGGACAUUUGGCAGCUCAAUAUUUCAUUCUUUUUAUUAACACGUUAUAUGGUUUAGUUCCUCUGGAUUGGUUUGUUAGUAAAUAAUAGCAGGCUUUGGUGAUGUCUCCUGCUGAGUAACACCAUGCGGUCAUUAGAAAGGAGGGCGUUUGGUCAUAGUGCCUGCGUAAUCAAUGCUAUUAGCUGUGGGCUAAUUACCAUUACAAGCAGCUGAUCGCUAAUUGUAAGAUGAAAGUGAACACAGCGCUGAUCAGGGCGCCUAUUAUUUCACUGUCUGUGUUCUUUUCUCUUUUAUUUUCUUUGAUGUAUGUUUGUUUUUACCCUCCCCCAGACCUGCAGAGUCACCGCCAUUGCCUUUUUCUUCCUGACACGACCCUCCAGGCCUUUUUUUCAGGCAUCACCAAAGAUUUUAUUUUUAAUUAGUUUAUUAUUAUUAUUACUAUUAUUAUCAUUUCUUUUACAUCAGUAAUAACCCCUCAAAAAGCGUCUCAAAAAGCGAAAAUAUUGAGCGUGAGGUGCUGUGAGGAAGAAAUGUCCCAACGUUACAGUUAGCUAUUUAGAGUUUUUCCAGCUAGCACUCUUUUCUGUGAAACGGGAAAUUAUUAUGCUAGCUCAAUGUUGAGACAGAUCUUUGCCGCUUUUUUCCUGUUACCUCUUUUUCAAGAACAUUUUAAGCAAACAAUCUAGUUUUUUUCCUAUUUUUUUUACAGUCUAUAACACAGGACAUGUUUGGUGUUUGAUGGUUUUUUUUUGGCUAAUGUUGCUAACAAAUAAUGAAGGCUUUCAUUAGUUGUACUGAAAUUAGCAUCAGUAAGCAUUGUGCUUGCUUAAGUAAUUACACACCUCAAACUGCAUUCAGUUGCAAGCUGUCUAAAUGUACAGACAUUUUAUCAUAUGUUCCAAAUAACAGCAGGGUAUAUCCAACAGGGUCAGAAACAAUGUAAGCAAAUCUGUUGGAAAUUACUUAACACCUCCACAAAAAGAUUUAGAUGCGCAGUUAGCACCAUGCUAAUUGCUAAUGCCCACUUUCAUUAAUUGUUAGCUAUCCUACAUUAGCCUCGCAUAGCUCCAGUGAACCUCAGACACCAAACAUGCUUAGUUAAUCUUAGCUGCUGUGCUUGGGACAAGGGAAGAAAUUUAUAAAUUAGAUAACUAGAACUAUUCCUCUUAUUUUUCUCCUUUGCUCAGCAGUGAAAGCAUGUAUAGUGCAUUAAUUUUAUUCAUCUCUGACUCUCUUUCUCUGCGACUCGGGCACCACCACCACCACAUCUCGUUCCCAGAUCUGUUUCCACUCAGCUAGCGUGUUUGCUUCAUGUAUUUUCUUCUGGUUUAUGUGUUAUUUGUGUGAAGAGUGUGAUAUUUUAGCACUCUUUCUGCUAAAACCAUUAGCUCUGUUAGCUAUCGGUACUCAUUUAUAGCUGUACCGUGUUUUUGUCCCAGUGGCCAAACCUUCGCUUGACCCUGAUUGUAUUAUUCUGCUUGCCUGUGUCUUUUUUUUUAGUCUCUGAAUCAUGAAAUAUCUGAAAUCCCAGACGGCCGUGAGCGCUGGUGAGCUCAAGGAAUGGUUGAUAAUGAUCUGUCUAUAAGGGCUACAUCAGCCAAAACUGUUUACACAGUUUGUAGGAUCAACUGAAGAGGUUAAAACUUGUGCAAAUUUGAUUUGUUGCCAAAACACCUCUUUAAACCCUCUUCUACCAAACACAAAGUUCUGCCCUGUCCAGGAUUGAAUGGAUAGCAUUUAAUCCAUGCCUUUAUUUAGGCCUUGUUUAUGAUUCAAUGCUAGAAGGUCAUGAAGUGAUCUGAAAGAAGCACAUUUUGUCAUUUAUUUGCGAACAUUUUAAUGAUAAUCGGCGCCAAAGUCAUGUCUUUUUCUUUUGUUACACAGUACGUGUGUAUAUAAGGUACUUUGGUUCACGCAAAUUGUUGUGUUCCAUUUGGCUACGUUGUCUCUGAAUAUUUGGAAUAAUAUUGUUGCUGUUAUUAUUUUGUCAUUGUUAUUGUUGUUAUGGGGUGUCUGGGUAUUAUUAUUAUUUUUUUUUUGUAGUGGCUCUGAGGAGUGGCCUAGCUGCUGGAUGUGCUGAUGUUGGGAGUUUGAUUGACCAUUGAUUGGAUUUACAGUCUGGCUUCCACACACUGACUGAUGGCUAGAAAGAAUUGUUGAUGCUAGUUAUGGGACCUUUUCUUUUUGGAAAUAUUUUAUAAUUUAAGCAAAUGGAAAUGGAUUGAUAUUGAGUUUUUUAUUUUUUGUUUGGGUGGGUAAAAUAGUCGCUCUUUCCUCAGGAUCUUUGAUUUAUUUACUUUUUAUAAUGGUUUUAUUGGUGAAUUAUUUUGCACUGCCUGCUGUUUUGUUUAAGCAUUUAUCCCCAUCUUUUUCAUUUUAUGAUUUGAUCCCUCGUUGCCUUGAUUUUGAAUUGCAUCCACAUGUGCUUUAUCAUUUUUAUGCUGAAACGCUGUUUUUCUUGUGUUUUUUCUUUUUCUGAUCAUUUUGCAUGCCUGUUUUCUGUUUUUAUCCACUGUUUGUCUCCUAAACAGCUGAAACUGCACACCGUUAUCUCUUUCUUACCAAAUACACACAUCCUUCAACACAGCCAAAGACUGCCUUCAUACUGGUACAAAUGUAUGAUCGUGCAUGUCAUUUUUUUUAUCCUGUGCUGCACAGAUGUCUGGGUGUACAGAGCUAAAGGUAAUGGAGACUUUUGAACACUCCUCUGCUGGACCCCCUGUCCCUCUCCUCCCCUCUUCCCUUAUACAACUGAUGAAUUUGGGAACUGGUGAGGGGCUACACUCUGCAGUCUUUAGGGAGAUGAAUUUGAAGCAGGAGCUGCAAAAUGCUGUUUCCUUUUUAAUAAAUGUGCUAUUUUAUCUAAA